GCCGGGGGGGCAACCUUCGGUUGCUUGGGCUUCUCUAUCCAUUCGGCCUGAAGACUCCCCCGUCGGGCAGAGUGGCUGAACUGUCGCUAUGGUCAUUUGUCAGUUCUUUCUUCAGGGCCGUUGCCGCUUUGGAGACCGGUGCUGGAACGAACAUCCUGGUGCCAGAGGUGCUGGCGGGGGACGACAGCAACAGCCCUCAGGCAGUAACAGGAGUGAAGGAAAUGCCACCAGUCAGAAAUAUUCUAGUAUCAUCCAGCCAUCCAGUUUCUUCAAAUCCACACCAUGGGGUGGCAGUAGAGAUCGAGAGAAGCCAUCUUUCAAUUCUUUUGAUUCUAAAGUUUCAACUACCAGGAACACAAGUUUUGGAUUAUCUCAGAACCCGUUUGCUUCACCUAGCUCUGAAGAGCAGAAAGAUGAAAAGAAGCUUCUGCUCUCUGAUUUAAAGGAUGAAGGAAAUCAUGCAGCACCUACAUUUGGAUUUGGAAGUAGAGCAUUAGGAUCAUUUAGGCCACCAAGUUUUCCAGUGAGUAACAACAACAGCGCUACUGUUCAGAGUUUUAGUUUUAAAACAGACCCUGGAAUUGCCGCUGCUCCUGCUGGAAGCUCUUCAGUGUUUGGGAGUGUCCCAGCAUUUGGAGCUGUAGCCUCUACUAGUUCUGCCAGUUCUACUUCCACUGCAGAUUUUGGAUUUGGGAAACCUCAAAUCACUUCUGCGGCUUCAUUUUCAUUUAAAAGCCCUGCAGCCUCCAGUUUUGGGACACCUGGAUUUUCAGGAUUUCCAGCUUCCACGGCAGCAGGCCCUUUUGGAGCUCCAGUGGCCCCAGCUUUUGGAAGUGGCAGCUCUGUGGCUGAGACUUUGCCUGAGGGUGAGAUUAAACACAGUGGAAUAAUUAAUCUGACAAAGGAAAUGUCAAGGCAAUUAAAUGUUGAAGCAGUGGCAUGGCUAUUGUUGGGGGCUUUUAGUCAAAUUUAUGUGGAUAAUCAACAGCAAAGAGCCCAGCAGGGUGACUUAAAAUGUGAGUUUGUUCAGAAAAGAAGCACUAAGGUGGCUGUGGACUGCAAACAUAGAGCUGACAUCUCCAUUGCCCAGGAGGAACAGGAGAAUAGAAAAGAUGUCCAGAGGGCUUUACGGGAAGUGGCAGGUCCUUGCCCUUUGCAGCUGCAGUGCCCCAUGUUCCAGAAUGGAAGUAGUAGCCACACCAGGUUCCAGAACGGCGCUGGCAUAGAGGAUUUGUUCCUUGGAAUCAGGUUCAAAGCAUUUGUGUGA